UACAACCGGUCCGGGUUUCUGUAAACCGUCCGUCCGAUCCAGAAAAUAACAAAAUCUGAAAUUUCACUUCUUUUUCCCCAAAAAAAACGUAUGAGAAACUAUAAGAACACUUAAAUUCCUUUCUGAGAAACCUAAUCGGCCACCGUUUUGCACGAACAGGUUAAGAAGAUGGAGGCAGAGGUAGUGGAUGCAGAGUUAGUGUUACCAAAUUAUCUCAGUUUUAAGAGAAUUCAAAUGUAUGACAAAUACCCUAAAGGCCAAUCCAGAGGCAGACACUGGAAACAUCUUAAGCAGAUUAUUCAAGCUGAAAAUUACCAGAAUUACCCUCCUGAUGAACCCAAUUAUGUCAAUAUUGAGUCACCCCCUUCUAUGCAUCCAUGCAAGAGAAUUUGCGAUAUUACAGGCUAUGAGGCACCUUACUAUGAUCCUAAGACUAAUCUCCGGUAUGCAAAUACUGAUGUUUUCAAGAUGAUCAGAUCGCUUCCAAACGAGUCUGUGCAAAGAUACCUAGGUAUGAGGAAUGCAGCUGUCGUUCUUAAGUAGUUAUGUCACUUACUCCGACAUCUGAGACAAUGUUUUCUUUUAUCAAUUGCUGCAUUAACUCUUUUACGAUGUUAAAUAGAUUUAGGGGAUGUUUGCAAGUGCUUAUGGGUGAUUAGCAGAAUGUUUGUAAAUUUCCUAUAUGGUUUAAUACAAUGAUUAUCAGUUGCCUAA